AGCCACAAGGGAUAGAGAGAUGAAACGCAUGCUGGGAGGAGAGAGAAGAAAGGGAUUGAAGGAAGAAAAAAAAUAAAUAAAUAAAAAAGCUCUUUUUUUCUUUACCAGAUUGGGGCUCACAUGUGAUUCAGAUUCAACCUUUUAGAAUCGUAUUCCAACUAACCUCAUGAAUCUUACAGAAUCUACAGAAUUAUAUUUAAAAUAUUAUUGUGGGGACUCAAAUUUAUUUGUUUGUGAUUUUUCAAAUCUGAACAAGCAAUAAAUGAUAUUUUUCUAUCCACUAUAAUUAUAUGUAUAUAUCUUUUCAUGGAAUCUUUAAUGUUCAAUCAGCAAACACCUCAUAACCCAAUUCCAACCCUCAAAAAAGGAACAACCAAAAUCAUAACUAGCCAUGGGAGCAUCCCAGUCUUCACCACAACCACCACCACCACCACCUCUCCUUCAAGAUGAAGAAGAACAAGAUCUUACAACCACCACCACCACCACCACAAAAAACUCCAAAAAACUUGCAUUAAUUCCCUUAAUCUUCCUCAUCUACUUCGAGGUCGCUGGCGGCCCAUACGGCGAAGAACCCGCCGUGCAGGCCGCCGGACCCCUCCUCGCCAUCCUCGGCUUCCUCAUCUUCCCCUUCAUCUGGAGCAUCCCAGAAGCCUUAAUCACCGCCGAGCUCGCCACCACCUUCCCGGGCAAUGGCGGCUUUGUUAUAUGGGCCCACGUGGCCUUUGGUCCCUUCUGGGGCUCCCUCAUGGGUUGGUGGAAACUCCUCAGUGGUGUCAUCAACUUAGCCUCAUACCCAGUUCUUUGCAUAGACUAUCUCAAACUAGUCUUCCCUAUUUUCUCUUCAGGUGUCCCUCGCUCUCUAGCUCUAUUGUUCUCAACUCUAAUUUUGUCUUUUCUCAAUUACACCGGCUUAACCAUAGUCGGUUACACCGCGGUGUGUUUGGGUAUUGUUUCACUUUCCCCUUUUUUACUUUUGACUUUGAUUUCAAUUCCCAAGAUUGAUCCUAGUAGGUGGAUUAGUUUAGGCCAGAAGGGCGUCCAGAAAGAUUGGAGAUUGUUUUUCAAUACACUUUUUUGGAACCUCAAUUUUUGGGACAAUGCUAGUACUUUAGCUGGUGAAGUUGAUCAGCCCCAAAAAACAUACCCUACAGCACUAUUCUCUGCCGGGAUUCUCACAUGUUUGGCUUAUUUGAUUCCUCUAAUGGCUGCAACUGGGGCUAUACCUCUAGACCAAGAAGAUUGGGCUGAUGGGUAUUUUGCCAAUGUGGCAGAAAUGAUUGCAGGAAAGUGGUUGAAAUACUGGAUGGAGAUCGGUGCAGUUUUGUCGAUCAUCGGACUAUUCGAGGCUCAAUUGAGCAGUUGUGCUUAUCAGAUUCUCGGUAUGGCGGAUUUAGGAGUUGUGCCUCAAGUGUUGGGAGAAAGGUCCAAGUGGUUCAACACGCCUUGGGUUGGGAUUUUGAUACCAACAUUGGUGGCAUUGGCGGUUUCGUAUAUGGAUUUCACGAAUAUUAUAUCGACCGUGAAUUUCUUGUAUAGUUUGGGAAUGUUGUUGGAAUUUGCAUCUUUUCUUUGGUUGAGGAGGAAGAUGCCAAGGAAGAAGAGGCCUUACAGAGUUCCAAUGUCGCUGCCGGGUCUCAUGAUUAUGUGUUUGGUACCAUCUGGGUUUUUGGUAUAUGUAAUGACUAUUGCUACUAAGACUGUGUGUUUAUUGUGUGCCUUGUUGACUGUUGUUGGGAUUGGUUGGUACUUUAUUAUUAUGUUUUGUAAAUCAAAGAAGUGGAUUGAGUUCAAUAGUAGUACUGGUGGAGAAAAGGAGAAUGAAGAUGAGCAUUUAGAUAAUUAGGUUGGUGAAGGAAUGAAGAAUGUCGAAUAUUUGGAAUUAAUCGAGGUGCGCGCAAACUGCUGGUUUGCACACCAAUUAUUAAAAAAAAAGUGAAUGAAGAAUGCCUUCUUUUAUCUUCUUGUUAGUAAAUAAUUAGUGGGUUCAUCUAUUUAUUGUAUAUAUGAAUCAAAAUAUAUUUCUUAUUUAUUUUCUGAAUCAAAUUUCAUAUCA